CUUCAAUCGAAUGUAGAUGUUGCCUAUAAUAUCCAAUCUAAAAACCCUCGUCAAACGUGGAAUACUAAACAAUCAGACUAUUAGUCGACAAACGUUUAACAGUUUUAUAGCUGUUCGUUUCACGACUUGUAUUUCACUAAUGAAGAGAACACGAUCAACUUUAAAAACACAUUCUGUCGAAGAAAAAAACAUUGAUGAUAUCGACACAGAUGAAAUGAAAACCAAAUCAAAGGGUAUGGAAGAAGAUUCAAUGGUGCAAAAUAAAAAUUUUAAAGAUAAAGAACUAUCUAACACAGCAGAAACAUUGAAACCACCAGUAGAAAAUGUUCAGAAUCUGGAACAGAAACAAAUAAAUAAACUCAACUUUAAAAGUUUGAGAGAUAGGAGUAAAGGGGUUGACGAAGAACUUCAACCAAAUAUACCUCCUCCAAAAAGUAAACCUAGAGCAGUGGUAGACCUUAAAAUGAUGAAAGAAGAAUUAAAACAAUUGGAAGAUCCACCAUUGACUGCAUGGGAAAAAGAAAUAUGUUCAAAUAGAUUGCCAUAUUCAUUUUUCGAUUGUCCUUGUGAAGAAUUAGCACAAAAUUUAUUAGGGAAAGUACUAGUUCGCUGCCUAGAAAAUGGUACUAUUUUAAAAGGUAGAAUUGUUGAAACUGAAGGAUAUUUAGGAGUAAUUGAUAAAGCAUCACAUACUUAUCAAAAUAAAGUUACUCCUCGUAAUAUACCAAUGUAUAUGCCACCUGGUACUAUAUAUAUAUAUAUGACAUAUGGAAUGUAUCAUUGUUUCAACAUAUCUAGUCAAGGUGAAGGGUGUGCUGUUUUAAUAAGGGCAGUCGAACCCUUAGAAGGUAUUGGGUAUAUGACUAAUCAACGAACUUCAAAGAGAUCAUCGAGUGCACCUAAAAAGUUAUUAAAAGAUUUAAAGGAACAUGAAUUAUGUAAUGGCCCAUCAAAGUUAUGUAUGGCUUUCCAGCUGCAUAAAAAUCAUAGUAAAUAUUCCUUGUGCUCUUGGAAAGGUUUAUGGAUCGAAAAUGGUGAAAUAGAGAAAUUCAAUAUUGUUAAAUGCCGUAGAAUAGGAAUAGAUAACUAUGGAGAAGAAUGGACAAAUAAACCAUUACGGUAUUAUAUUUACGGGAAUAGAGCCGUGAGUAAACGGAAUAAGGAAGCAGAAAAGUAUUUGGAACUGAAUUAAAUUACAGCUAAUAUAAUGUAUCGAAUAUAUUUAAAAUUAGUAUUUUUCAAUAUAGUUUAACACAUUACAGAUAUUUAUAUUUCU